UUUAAAAUUUUGACAAGUUUGAAAUGUCAAGUGUCACAACUUUGACAGUUCGAAUUGAAAAUGAAAUUGACGAAAAAUUCUUGAUAUUCCGUGAAACGGCUCGAUUGGGGCAAUGAACACCUCAUGAAGCAAAUUGGAGCCCAAUCGAAGAAAAAGUGAGGUUAGGUGAAAAUGUACGAAAGUCCAAAUUCUUUAGAAGACUUGUGUUUGGACACGAUUUGUGACAAUAUCCUAAUUUACGUGAAACUUGAUCGUUCGAAUCCGGGAGGAAAACGGUAUAAAUUCGCUGAUCCCGACUUAUUCCUCUUCAAGGAGUUGUCGGAGAAGCUUUUAGGGAAAUUCCUCGAGAAGAAUAUCCUUUGUGACGCCUUAAUGUUUAUAUUUAGUGACAAGAACACGAAAUUGAGCACAGUUAAAUUAAAAAAUUGCAAAGUGACGCAGAACGGACUUGAGAUACUCAAACAGCACAAGAUUUUAGAUUUAGAGUGUGUCAAUUUAAAGAAUGUUUGUAUAGGAAAUAUUAUUGAUUGUCUCAACGAACACUCAGUUAGAAACAUGACGAAUGUGAAUUUCGCUAAAUGCUCGUUUAUUGACGUCCAAAGGCACAGUUUGAUGGUGAAAAUCACACAAUUAAAAAAUUUACGCUCUCUCAAUUUGGCGUACACUGAACUCAAUCAACACUGUUUAAGUAUGAUUUGUGAGGACCUGAAAUUGCUCGAAAAACUGGACAUUUCCGGGACCGGGACGGGGAUCAAGGACCUCAGCCCCCUUCGGCAGCUCCUCAAUUUGACGAGUCUCGCAAUCAGCGACUUGUCCCAAUCGACCAACUACGUCUCGACGCUCAUCCACCUGUCCACUUUACGCCAUCUAGACGUGAGCGUCUUCAACGAAAAACUCGACAAUUUGACCACCUCCAAUGUUGUUAAACUCCUCGAAGACGUCACAACGCUCCCCCAUUUGAUCUCCCUCGACGUGAGCGGUUGGCGCGAUUUCAUCCCCACUGAAAUCCUCCUCAAAUACGUUCAAACUCAUCCGAAAUUAGAAUUUCUAGGUAUCGUUCUUACCGACUGUACGUUCGAUUCGUUAUUCAGUACUACCAACAGUUGGCCGAAUUUAACAAUUGCCGGUUUAGGGAACGAAAAUCAAAUAAAAGUCACGUUGAAGAAAUACAAAGAACGGUCGAAUUAUGUCCAAAAGGCGCUGUAUCAUCUGUUCCAAUUAACGAAUUUAUCGCCGGAUGCGCGUCCUGAUAUGUUUAACCUCGUACUUCCUGUAAUGGCGGCACAUUCGAAUAAGUUUGGCGUGCAAAUGGCCGCCACGGCGUGUCUUUAUAAUCUCACACGAGGCGAUUUAAGUAAGAAAAUUCAUCCGAAAUCGUUGAGUCGAGGAGUUAAUCUUACUCUCUAUGCUAUGGAGUGUUUCCCCGAGGAGUUUCAGUUACAGAAAAACUCCCUUUUGACACUUUGUAGCGACACCAUUUUACAGGAGAUUAAUUUUGAUCGUUUCCGAUGUGCGAAAUUAGUUUUAGAUGCUUUGUGUACGUUUGAAGAUGUCAAUAUGAAUCGAAUGGCUGUUGCAAUUUGUAGUAUUUUGGCGGCGAAAGUUAGUACCGAAGAAACAUCCGAAUUGGGGGCUCGUCCUGUCUACAUGCGUAAAUUACUUGCGAUGGUACAGAAUCGGGUCGAGUCGGGCGUUUCCGACAUUACAUUAAAAUUCACACUCAGCGCCCUCUGGAAUCUCACCGAUGAAAGUGCCGCCACCUGUACGGUUUUUUUGGAACAAGGGGGUGCCUAUUUGUUUUUGAAAGUUCUAAAAACGUUUAAAGAUGAUAGUGCGAUUGAGACUAAAGUUUUAGGUUUGUUGAAUAAUAUAGCCGAAGUUGUGAAAUUGAGGCAUAGUUUGAUGAUGGAUCCGUUAAUGAAUGAAUUGUUUGUGUUGUUAAAAUCGGAGAAUAUUGAUGUUAGUUAUUUUGCGGCCGGGAUUGUGGCACAUUUAGCGUCAGAUGGGGCUGAGCAAUGGACAGUUGUGAGUCACUCGAGGGAGGAGAUGUUGGGGGAGUUGAAGAGUGCUGUCUCGCAAUGGAAGGUACCAGAUAGUGAGAUGGUGGCGUAUAGGAGUUUUAGGCCCUUUUUUUCACUGUUGAGGAUCGAAAUGGAUUAUCAGGUGCAGUUGUGGGCGGUAUGGGCUAUACAUCAUGUCUGUACCAAGAAUCCAAAGCGGUAUUGUAUCAUGCUACAAGAAGAAAACGGCCAUUUACUCCUCAACGACUUGAUCAACUACACCGACUCUCAUCCCGAUAUUAAAUCAAUUUCGUCUCAGAUCCUCGAAACGGUGGCUGGCCACGUUUGAGCACCAACAUUAUUGUGAUUUACCUAUCAUUUUCAUUAAACUUAAUUUUUUAUCACUUUUAUUAGGAUUGUUA